CAACAGUCAACACUCAACUAAAACCCAAUCUCAAACCUUUCCCUUCAACCAAGCACAAUCCCCUCAAAUCCACCAAAAUGAUGUUCAAGGCCACCACCGUCAUUGCCCUCGCUGCGGCCCUUGCCCAAGCAGCGGCCGUCGACGCCCGCACUGGCCUCAGCGCUCGUCAGGACCGCCCUUGCCCAGACAGCGGCCUCUCCUGCGGCUGGUACCUCCUCGGUUCAGGAAAUGGAGCGGAUACCCCGUGCACCACCCGUGCGACGUUGGAGGGCCUCAACGGCACGGUCGAUGUUUUCGACUCCAUCUGGCGCGUCGAGGCCGGCGCGCCCGUUGCUUGGGUCGAGGAGUGCCAGAGCGGAUGCUCCAACAUCGGUGACCGCCCGUCGACCACUUGCAACGCCUGAGGCAGCCCUGAGAAAGAAGGUGGAUGGGGGACAAGCAACG